AUGAUGCCCAGCAAGUGCCGGCCCGGCAGGGGCCCUCGGGCAGCGCCCGGCCCGUUUGAAUUCAGGAUAAAUAAAGAACAGUCAUCUUUCCACAAUAGACUUCUGCAGCAUGAUCUGGAAAAAAACUAUUCAGGAAGGCAAGGAGACCAAAGAGUAUUAAGUCCAUUGGUGCGUAAUAAGCAGAUAUAUCUUCCAGUACCAUCCAGUCUGACAGAACUUUCUGGUUUGGAAUUGAAGCAGAAUACAGGUUCUUUAUCAGGAUUUGGUGAGACUUCUAUUCACACACCAACAAAAUCCAGAUCCCGACAAAGCAGCCACAGUAUUAGUUCACAUGCUUCAGAUAACACAAAUUUUGGGAGCAGUUCAUCAAUAACAUUUCCUGUAUUGCAACGUACUGCUGAAGAAAAAAUACUGAAUUCUGAUAGACUUACCCUGGAAAGGCAGAAACUGACAGUGUGCCCAGUUAUCGAUGGGGAAGAUCAUCUUCGCCUUUUGAAUUUCCAACAUAACUGUAUAACCCGAAUCCAAAAUAUUUCUAAUCUGCAGCAUCUUGUUUUCUUAGAUUUAUAUGAUAAUCAAAUAGAGGAAAUAGGUGGGGUUUCAACUCUGAGAUCACUAAGAGUCCUUUUGUUGGGAAAGAACAGAAUAAAGAAGAUCUCAAAUCUGGAGAACCUAAAAAAUCUUGAUGUUUUAGAUCUUCAUGGAAAUCAGAUUACUAAAAUAGAAAACAUCAGUCAUUUGAGUGAACUGAGAGUGUUAAACCUUGCCAGAAACCUACUAACCAUUGUAGAAAACCUUAAUGGACUGGAUUCGCUCACAGAGCUCAACCUUCGUCAUAAUCAAGUCUCUGCUAUAAAAGAUGUGGAUACUUUGCCCCAUCUCCAACGUCUCUUCCUCAGCUUCAACAAUAUAUCUAGUUUUGAGGAUAUUCUGUGCCUUGCUGAUUCCUCAUCUUUGUCAGAUAUCACCCUUGAUGGCAAUCCGAUAGCUCAGGAGACAUGGUACAAACACACUGUUCUCCAUCAUAUGAUGCAGCUCCGACAGCUAGAUAUGAAGAGAAUCACAGAAGAAGAAAGACGUAUGGCAUCUGUUGCAGCAAGGAAAGAGGAAGAAAGGAAGCGUGAAAGCCAUAAACAGACCUUGCUUAAGGAAAAGAAACGGUUAACGAUUUGUAAUAUUGCUCGUCAGUGGGAGAUACAGCAGAAUCGAAUAGCUCUUGUGGCUUCUUUAAACCAAGAUAAAGAUAACGAGCCCUGUCAGAUCAAUGGCAGUGCUGCAUAUGUAUUUCCUGAAGAAAGCAGGUCUCUUGAUACAAUAUUGAGCAGUGCAGUACAAGGCUUGUCUGUUCUUGAGUCUCAUUUAGUGGAAGUGGAAGGAGACACUCUUUGCUUGUAUGGUGCUGGAGCGCUGGAGUGCCUGGAUCGAAACUGGAGUGUUCAAACAGCUGGAAUUAUUGUCACAGUCUCCUUUAUGUUCAUAGAAUUUGAUGAAAUUGUUCAAGCAUUAACAAAACUGAAGAUAAAAUUUCCUAAUUCUGUGCACCUGAAGUUUAAGGAGACAAAUCUCAUGAUGCUGCAGCAAUUCAAUGCAUUAGCCCAGAUGCAUCGCAUUGAACAGUUGACAGUUGAUCCUCAGGGAAAUCCGGUUGUCAACUUUUCUUUGUGGAAAUACUAUGUUCUGUUUAGACUGAAUCAUUUUAAUCUACAGAAGAUAAAUGGAGUAAAGGUCACUGGAAACGAUAUUGUAAUGGCAGAAAGGCUUUUUGGCAUCCUGGCAUAUGUAGCAUCUUCUGAGCUGCCACAUUAUCGCAUGCUUUCAUUAAUUGGAGAAUCUAGGAGGAAGCAAUUCCAUUAUCUGCUGGAGGGAAAGGGAAAGAAAUCUGGGAUUGGGAGUGAGGAAAGUAGUGAUAACAGAAGUGGAGGGGAAAGCACAACUCGAGCAACAUUGAAUUACAUGACAAAGGACUUUCAUAUGGAAAAGCUUGAGGAAAUCAAGGAGAGAAAAACAUUUUGCCAGACAUAUGUCGAGAACUUGGUGAAAGAAGCAGCUGACAUCAAUAUGAAAAAUGAGUCUUUGCAGAAGCUCUGGCCUCAAAUGUUCAUUGAGCUUGUCAGAGAUGCAGUGAUAGAAAUACGCAAUAAAAAUUCCUACAUGAAACUCUGCUUACAGCGUAUCACUGAUCAAAAACAGUAGAGUCAAGGCUUGUUGUCUUGUAAGAUUUUGGUUUCAGUAGUCUAUGAUGUUUUACAGACUUGAAACAAUAGGAUAUUUAAAAUUACCAUCACUAUGGCAUACUUCACUCGCCCCACUCCAUGCACACACACCCCUCAAAGGAAUGCCUUUAAAUCUUAAUUUACUCUUGAUAGUUUUGAAAUAAAGGUUUACUUGGAUACUGCUUUAACAAUGCUUCCUUGGCUAAAGUGAUGACAUAGAAUAGAAGUAACUUGGUGAUUGU